AUGGCGGCUCCACGCAGCAAACUACUCCAGCUCGGCGUUGUCGAACACGCGCACGACACCUGGGAUACCAUCAGCUCCAUGGCCGAUGUGGUCGUGCCCAAGUCGACCGACAGAGCUGGCUUCCUCUUGGAGGCUGCCUCGGGGGCUUUCGACGGGUGCCUGGUGGCCUAUCGGACCUUCGGGUCCGUCUCCAUCACCGGCCGCAUCGAUUCCGAGCUUGUCUUGGCCCUGCCGUCGUCACUCAAGUUCAUCUGCCACAACGGCGCUGGGUUUGAUCAGAUAGACGUUCCAGCCUGCACCAGUCGAGGCAUCAAAGUGUCCAACGUUCCCACGGCUGUGGAUGACGCUACAGCGGAUACGGCAAUAUUCCUCAUGCUCGGAGCCCUGCGAAACUUCCCCCUUAGCAUGCACAACCUCAGGCAGGGGAACUGGCGUGGUUGCGAGCAAGAUGGUUCGCUACCUGCGCUGGGCCACGAUCCGCAGGGCAAAAGCCUAGGCAUCGUUGGAAUGGGUGGCAUCGGCCGAAACAUGGCUAGGAAAGCCCUGGCCUUCGGCAUGAAGAUCCUAUACCACAAUCGGACCAGGCUGGAUGAGGGUGUCGAGAGGGAGCUGGGAGGCGCCCAGUAUUGUGACUUUGAGAGUCUGUUGAGGCACAGCGACGUGCUGAGUCUGAAUCUGCCCCUGAACCCACAUACCAGGCACAUCAUCUCGACGCGUGAGCUAUCAAUGGUCAAGCACGGCGUCGUCAUCGUAAACACGGCGCGCGGUGCGGUCAUAGACGAGGCCGCUCUGGUGGAGGCUCUUGACUCGGGCAGGGUUGCGAGCGUCGGGCUAGAUGUCUACGAAAACGAGCCCGACAUCCACCCGGGCCUGUUGGCGAACAACCGGGCAUUAUUGGUGCCGCACAUGGGCACCUGGACGGUCGAGACCGAGGCCAAGAUGGAGGAGUGGACCAUGGCGAACGUGCAGACGGCCAUCCUGGACGGGCGCCUGAAGAGCAUUGUUCCGGAGCAGAAGGGCAUGCAGUGA